AUGGCUCCCACGACACGGAGCAAGAGCAGGAAGGCCGCGGUGGCCGGCUUUCCGGACCCCACGCAACCUACCAACACCUCGCGCAUGCAUGAGCUGCGCCCGCUCGAGAUGCGGAACCCGGCUCAGUUUGACCCCGUUCCGCCAAAGUACACGAUUGACCUGUCGCGCCCGCCCAGGGAGCGCUACAACGAAGUCGUGGCCGACUUCAAGCCUCAGCUUACCAAGCUGACCGGCCUCUUCGACGAGGUCCUCAUCAUGACCGGCCUCCCCGUCAAAGCAACGACGCGCUUCGCCCGCCUGUUCCUGCGCCGCGUGCGCAGCAAGGAAGAGACCGAGGAGCUGCGGGGGAUCAGCAAAGCCAGCGGCGUGCCCAUGCACCUGCUCGUCUCCUUCAACAGCCUCCUCGACCUCUUCAUGGGCUGCACCAGCGGCGGCGCCCGCGUCCGCACCGGCGACAGCUCCACCACCAUGCACCACUUCCGCACCUUGGACUGGGAGAUGGACGUGCUGCGCCGCGUCGUCGUGCAGCUCGAGUUCGUCGACCGGCCGCACGGCGCCGUCGUCGCCCGCUCCGUCACCUACGUCGGCUACGUCGGCGUGCUGACGGGCGUGCGGCGCGGGCUCAGCGCCUCCCUCAACUUCCGCCCCUACCACAACGACGACCUGUCCGGCUCCGCCAACGUGAAGUUCUACUCGAACCUGCUGCUGAUGCUGCUCGGCUUCCGGCCCUCGAUAUCCUCCCGGCUGCGAGAGCUCGUGAUUCCUCGUGUGGGUCCGCGGCGGCGCAGAGAUCCCGAUCGAAAGGGGCUCUGGGACUUGGCCACCGUCAAGGAACGCUUCCCCGCGCUGCCCACGACCGCUGCCUAUUUGAUUUUCAGCGAUGGCUAUGAGACCGCCGUGCUCGAGAAGGAUCGCGUCACCGCCACUGUGCGCUCGUCCAGCUCCUUCAUCGCCAUCACGAACUGUGACGUAGACGCCACAGACAGUUCCGACAAAGCCGCCAAGAAGCCGAGGGCGAAGCUUGAUCUCCUCAAGGACCUGAUCGAAGAGGCCGAGGACAGGCGAGUGCGCUUGGAGACGUGCUGGAACUCGGCCAAGGAACGGUGCAGGAGAAGAGGCAUCCGUGAAUGUUCUGUUCCUCCCGAAGACGUCGUGAAGUGGGUGCAGAGGUAUCCGACGACUAACGAGACCACACAUUACGCGGUCGUCAUGGAUCCAAAGGCGGGCGAGGUCGUGUGGGCGAAACGAUGGCUGGAAGGCGAAGCCACGCAGUCCGGGCUUGAUUCGUGGGAUCAGGGUUGGACAUGCAUAUAG